AUAUAGCAUGAAUAGAGAAAGUUUAAAGAUAUCACGUCAGGGAUAAAUGAAUGAGAACUAUGUAGAUUUGGAUGGAUCUGAUAUCCAAAAGCUAUCAGGUAUCCAGCGGAUCCCAAAUCCGAGAAGAAACCUCCGAAAUUUGCUGACCCUAUCAAAAUGUUAUAAAAUGAACCCAGUGUGUUUGGGCCGAUCCACUCGCGUUUGAUCCCCCGGAGUGUUCCCACCUCGUUCCAACGCCACUUGACGUCCGAACAACGUCAACUUGAUUAUUUGAAUUGGGAACCAGAACGAGGGGGAAGCUCAAGCACCAUGGUGACUCUCACCGACGAGGUUGUCGCAUCCAUAUCAGAGGUGACAGGCUUGGCCUUGGAACAGAUUGAGGCUUUGAAAAAGGCCUUUGAAGGGUUCGACAAAGAACAAUCCGGGAUCAUUAGCGGCACAGCCAUGCAAAUGAUUUUCAAAAUGAUGGGCGUCAAUGUUCAGAAGAAUCAAUUGGACGAGGCCCUAGGUGAAAUCGGGACAAGUUCUGACGAAGGCGGAAAAUUUGAUUUCCAAAACUUUUGCAUCGUCGCCUCAAAGUUCCUGAUCGAAGAGGACGAAGAACAAAUGAGGGAGGAACUGAAAGAGGCCUUCAGGAUCUACGAUAAAGAAGGCAAUGGCUACAUUACCACGGAUGUGCUCAAGGAGAUUCUGCACGAGAUUGAUCCUGAGCUCACCCAUGACGAUUUGGAUGGCAUUGUGGAGGAAGUUGACGAGGACGGAUCGGGGACUUUGGAUUUCGACGAGUUCCAAGAAAUGAUGAUGGGUUAAAUGAAAUCAUCCAGCCAAAAUGACGAUUUUUUUUCACGCAUUUUAGAAGCCAUGACCAGUGACCAUAAUUGUACCAGUGAUCGAAGAGUGACCCACUUCAACAUGUUUGUUUCUAUAUUUUAAAGGAAUAAAGCCAUUCCACAUUGA